AUGGCUCAAAAAACAGUCAGAGUUAGUAAGAAUUUUAGUGCAUCUUCAGCUGUUAUCCCAGGUAACCGAACUAGCUUUAGCACUGUUUCAUUCUCCCGAGGAGGUGGUCCAGGCUUUGGACAUGUCAGUGGUGGCUUUGGCAGCAGAAGCCUCCAUGGUUUCGGAGCAAGUAAAAGAAUUUCCAUGGGUGGCUACCGUACAGUCAGAUCUGGAUAUGGUUAUGGGUUAGGUCAUGGUGGAGUUGGGUAUAGGGUCAUUGGUGGUGGUGGUGGCUAUGGAGUUGGAGCUGGUGGCAUCCAUGAGGUUACAGUCAAUCCAAGCCUCCUGACACCUCUCAACCUGGAGAUUGACCCAACCAUCCAGAGAGUGAAGAAGGAAGAGAAGGAGCAGAUUAAGACUCUCAACAACAGAUUUGCUUCCUUCAUUGACAAGGUCCGUUUCCUGGAGCAACAGAAUAAAGUGCUAGAGACCAAAUGGAGCCUGCUGCAGCAGCAGAAGAUCGCCAGUCAUAGCUUGGAGCCAUUGUUUGAAUCAUACAUCAAUAGUCUAAGGAAAAAGCUGGAUGGGAUUCUACUGGAAAAACCACGGCUAGAGACAGAAAUGAAAAACAUGAAUGAUACAGUGGAAGACUUCAGGAUCAGGUAUGAAGAUGAAAUCAACAAGCGCACCGCUGCGGAGAAUGAAUUUGUGGUACUCAAGAAGGAUGUGGAUGCUUCCUUCAUGAACAAGAUUGAAUUGGAGACAAGGGCGGAUGCCCUGCAAGACGAAGUCAGCUUCCUGAAAGUGUUCUACAAUGAAGAGUUGACUGCCUUGCAGAGCCAGAUUUCAGACACAUCCGUCGUCCUUCAAAUGGACAACAACCGAAACCUGGACCUAGAUAGCAUCAUUGCUGAGGUCAAGGCCCAGUAUGAGGACAUUGCCAACAGAAGCAGAGCCGAGGCCGAAUCUUGGUAUCAGAGCAAGUAUGAAGAGCUGCAGCUUUCAGCUGGAAGGCAUGGAAAUGACCUGCAGAAUAUAAGGACUGAGAUCUCAGAGAUGAACCGCAUUGUCCAAAGACUCACCACAGAAAUUGAUGCAGUUAAAAGACAGAUUGGCAACCUGGAGGCAGCCAUUGCUGAUGCUGAGCAGCGUGGAGAACUUGCUCUUAAAGAUGCAAGGACAAAGUUAGCCGAACUGGAGGAGGCGCGCACAAAGGCCAAAGCGGACAUGGCCCGGCAGCUGCGGGAGUACCAGGAGCUCUUGAACGUCAAGCUGGCCCUGGACAUUGAGAUCGUCACCUACACGAAGCUGCUGGAAGGGGAGGAGAGCCGGCUUGCUGGAGAGGGUGUUGGCGCAGUCAAUAUGUCUGUGGUCCACUCUGCCGGAGGCAUGAGCUAUGGCGGUGGAAGUGGCAUGGUCCUCGCAGGCGGGGCUGGCCUGGGCUAUGGUGGAGGCCUCAGCAUGGGAGGAAGCAGCCUGAGCACCGCCGGCGGGAGGGGACUCAUGGGGAGCCUGGCUCCCUCCGUGGGGAGCAGCUCCAGCAUGAAGAUCGUCUCGAAAACCUCCACGACCAGGAAGAGCUACAAGAGCUAA